UGCGUAAACGUUCACACUGCGCAGCUGUCAGAAGUCGAACGAUCAAAGAAAAACUCGCUUAUUUACUAAAUUUGCGACUCAAAUUGCUGCCCCGAAGCGAUGUCUGCGCUCUUCCGUCUGACCAGCCGCGCCGUGGCGCUGCAGCGUUCCCAGCUGUUGGCCAAUCAGGCGGCAGUGGUCCGCGCCAUUAACACGUCCCCAAAGAAGGACGAGACCAUUGCGGCACCCACUUCAAUUACCACUGAGGACUUUGCCAAUCCGAGCCCAAAGAACUGGCAGAGCUACGGAUUCGAUUACAAGGACCAAGUUGAGGACCGCAAGGCCACGAAAUCGACGUUCUUCGUCACAGUUACGCUGUGCCUUGUGUGGGGCACCUUCUAUUGGGCCUACCUGCCUGACACCCAGUUCCGCGAUUGGGCCCAGCGUGAGGGAUUCCUAGAGCUGCGUCGUCGCGAGCAGGCCGGCGUGGAUUUGGUCAGCCCAAACUAUGUGGACCCCGCAAAUAUAACGCUGCCCUCGGACGAGGAUCUGGCCGACACCGAGAUCAUCAUCUAAACAUUUAGUGCAUCUAUCCUUAGUCUGUUAUGUAAUGCGAACGAAAAGCGCGGCCAGUGCGUAUCCGCAUAGUUAUCCGUUAAUAAAACUGCAAGUCUCGGCGUGGACAAAGCUGGCUAUGAA